UUAAUGCUAAAGGGAGAAAUGGCUAUACACCAUUACAUUAUGCAUGUGACAAGGGUCAUUUUGAACUUGUUAAAAUUCUGAGUAAUCAUCCACAAUGUAAUAUUGAAGCUGAAGAUAAUUACAAUAGAAGGCCAUUACAUUUUGCAUUUAAUAAUCGAUUUCCUGACAUGAAUAUUGUCAAUUAUCUUGUUGAAGUUAAAGGUUGUAAUACUCAGGGCAUAACAACAUAUAAUAGGAGAACUCGAAAUUAUCUUCAUAUUCAUCAAUCCAGUGGUAUAGCAUUAUUACGUGUUGUUAAGUGUAUAUUGACAGGCCCUCCUGGUGCUGGUAAGAGUACAUUAAAAAAGAGACUCCUCAAUCAAUCUCUUGAUACAGGUCCUUCUCUUAGUACUGGUGUAAUUGAUGCAGUGGUACAAGUUGACUCAUUUCGUAAGCUAUCACAGCACAAUGCAGUAGUGACUACAGAAUGGAAGGAACAGGAACUUGAUGAAGAAGCUAUACUGAUCACUAAAAAACUAUUACCAGCAAACAAUACGUCAGAUGAAAGUACUAGACCUAUUGCACCUAAUGAAACAUCAGAUGAAUGUACUGGUACACCUCAGCCUACAUCAGUGGAUGAGACAGUAGGUCUAACUUCAUCAUUUGAAAACAAACAAGAAUCACCAAAAGGAAUUGAUUUGUCUCCUAUUACUAGUCAACAGGGCUAUACAAGUGUUGGUGCUUCUUCACCAGUGUUCAUGGAGGCAGCAAUUGACACAGUUGUCAUUGGUGAGAGCUCAAUGGAGCAUGAAAAUGUACCCAAUUCACCUGCAAAAAAAGUUGAUCGUGAAUUAGAAGAAACCAAAAGUAAUACUGAAAUACAAAAAAUCAGCUGUUCAGUAAAUGAUUGUAUCAGAGGUUUAUCAGAUUAUGUAAAGAAGAUACCUGUUAGAAAGAGAGAAGAAUAUGAGAGGAAAUUUGAAGAAGCAAAAGAUGAAAAGCACACGAUGUUGCACAUCAUUGAUACUGGAGGACAACCUGAGUUUCAUGAAAUAUUACCAGCUCUUAUAACUGGCCCAGCUAUCAAUCUACUGGUAUUCAAACUAACUGAAGAUUUAAGGAGUCGCUAUGAAAUAAUCUAUCGAACCUCUACUGGUGAUUCUAAACCUUAUGAAACCUCAUUGACACAUGAAGAAGUGAUAUUCCAUUCACUAGCAAGCAUAGCUUGUUUAAGACAAAACACUAUUGGAUGGAGUUUUGAUGAAAUACCUAUUAAAGAUAAUUCAGAACCCGUUGCCUUCCUUAUUGCUACACACAGAGACCAAGUUGAUGAGAAUAAAGUGAGUGAAGUCAACCAACAACUGAGAACCAAGAUAGAGAACAGCUCACACUUUUUUGACUCUGAUCUUAUACAGUUCUCUCAAUCGGAGCAAGUCAUUUUUCCACUUGACACCACAAAGGAUGAAAAAGAACUAGAUCAUCUUCGUUUUCUACUUCAUGACGCUAUAGCUAAAAAAUUCCAGGAAUUAGAAAUACCAGCAUCUUGGUGUACUCUUAGUUUAAAAUUAAGAAAAAGUAAAAAAAAGCUUUUCAAAUAUGAUACAUGUUUUGAUUUAGCUCAAGAGUGUGGUAUCAAGGAUACAGAAGAGUUUAUUAAUGUUUUAUGGUAUUUACAUCACAGAGUGGGCAUCAUCAUGCACUAUCCUAAUGUAGCAGGUCUGGAAGAUAUUAUCAUCACUGACCUUCAACUGGUGUUUGAUCGUAUCACUAAUCUCAUCACAACUUGCUUCACUUUUGAACAGUCAGGUAGUGCUGCUGUGGAGAGAGAGUUUCGUAAAAAUGGACGCUUUUCAGAGUCACAACUAGAUAAAAUUUCAUUACGAGAGAAAGGUGAUCCUCUUAAUGCAAAGAGGCUAGUAGCACUACUGAAGCAUCUUUAUAUUGUAGCUGGUCCUAUGAAAGAUAAAGUUGGUAGAAAAUCUGUCAAGUAUUAUUUUAUGCCUUGUGCUCUGAAACCAGCAGAUGUAGAAAGAGAGGAGAGAGAUGGGUCAGUUAGUCCAGCUCCUUUAUUGAUAUGUUUUGAGUGUGGGUAUACUCCUGUUGGUGUAUUCUGUUGUCUAGUAGUGUAUCUUCUUGAUCAGAAGACAGAUCAAGUAAUGAGUUGGAAAUUAUCUGGUAAUGAUCAAUAUCGUAACAGGAUUACCUUUCAAGUUGGGCAAUACUAUGAUACUGUUACCUUAAUCUGUCGUGCUACUUAUCUUGAAGUUUGGAUUCAGCAAAUAAAAGGUUCAAAACUGUCGACAAGUGAUUUAUUAUUAUCAUUGCACAAAGGACUAGUCACAGUGACACAAUCACUCCAUUACACUUACAAGUCAAAGCAUAUGUUUGGAGUACCAUGUACAGUUUGUACUGCAGUACCUCAUCCUGCUGUAAUUGAAUUUAAUGAAAGUGCAACUAUGUGUGUGAAUGGCAGAAUAGUUGAGUUUAAUGAAAAACAAUUAUACUGGUCCACUAAGGUUGUUGAGCUGAAUAACACAACACAAAAUACAAGCAGCAAAAUACCACCUCAAACUGUUUGUCCUAGAGACUUGUUUCGUGAACAUUCAGCUGAUAUUACCCAGUGCAUCUCAUUAGAUGUAAUACGUGUUGCUGAUAGACUGUUUGCUGCAAAAGUGAUACCUGAAGCAUUAAGAAAUAGAAUAUCCACAGUGCUUGGUUUAGAUGGCUAUGAAAAAGCCAACAGAAUAACAAUUCACAUUCAAAAUACUCUCAGUUCUCAUUCAAAUCCAAUUGAGUAUCUUACUGAUGUGUGCUAUGCAUUGUUCCGUUUAGAAAAUGAAAUACUCAAGCACUUUCUUAUUAGCAUACUAAACAAGCUAGGAAAACCCCCACCUCAAGGAAGCAUACAGGAUAUCAGUAAAAGCUCUUCUAUACUAAACAAAAGGCCAAGAACAGCACAAGAUGACGCAUCUCCUGGCAAGAGGUUUGAGAUAGACCCUGAAGGUUCUUAUGACAGUACUUUUGAUGAAGGAGAGUCCUCUGGUAGUGGUAUUUUACAAAAUGAAAGUAGAGGACACAAGAGACAGAGAGAAGAUAAUAGUUCCCCUGAAACUUUUACUAAAAUGAAAAAGUCAACAACUUAAACCUCAAAAGUUAUUGCUAUAAUCCUUUGUCACUUAUUAUUGCAACACAAUCACUUAACAUUACACUUUUGUCACUUAGCUUUUUGUUAUAAAUAAUACAACCACACAAUUUGGACAUUAAAAAUAUUAAAUAGAAAUCAUUAUAAUAGUCAUUUCACAAAUCA